UGCAGGCUGCAGUAGACGGGCUACAGGGUGCAGUAGACGGGCUACAGGGUGCAGUAGACGGGCUACAGGCUGCAGUAGACGGGCUACAGGGUGCAGUAGACGGGCUACAGGGUGCAGUAGACGGGCUACAGGGUGCAGUAGACGGGCUACAGGGUGCAGUAGACAGGCUACAGGGUGCAGGCUGCAGAAGACGGGCUACAGGGUCCAGGAGACAGGCUACAGGGUGCAGUAGAGACAGGCUACAGGGUGCAGUAGACGGGCUACAGGGUGUAGUAGACGGGCUACAGGCUGCAGUAGACGGGCUACAGGCUGCAGUAGACGGGCUACAGGCUGCAGUAGACGGGCUACAGGGUGCAGUAGACGGGCUACAGGGUGCAGUAGACGGGCUACAGGGUGCAGUAGACGGGCUACAGGGUGCAGUAGAUGGGCUACAGGCUGCAGUAGACGGGCUACAGGGUGCAGUAGACGGGCUACAGGGUGUAGUAGACGGGCUACAGGGUGCAGUAGACGGGCUACAGGGUGCACUAGACGGGCUACAGGGUGCAGUAGACGGGCUACAGGGUGUAGUAGACGGGCUACAGGCUGCAGUAGACGGGCUACAGGGUGCACUAGACGGGCUACAGGGUGUAGUAGACGGGCUACAGGCUGCAGUAGACGGGCUACAGGGUGCAGUAGACGUGCUACAGGCUGCAGUAGACGUGCUACAGGCUGCAGUAGACGGGCUACAGGCUGCAAUAGACGGGCGAGACAUGGAGUCGAGUGAGCACGUCGUGUCGCCCCCUCUCUACCUGGACUCUGAUGAGGGGAGCGGCUGCAGUGAUGCCGAGCUGUCGGAUCAGCCUGAAGUGGAGAUGGAGAGCUUCAGCUCCAAAAGCCUGGCCGUGCAGGCCCAGAAGAAGCUGCUGGGCAAGAUGGCGACGCGCUCGGUGGCGGGGUUCCUCAUCGACGACGCGGCGAGCGACGUGCUCGACGAGCUGUACCGCGCGCGCAAGGCCUUCUCGCACGACCGCAAGGCCUCGCAGAAGGCCGUCAAGGACCUGGUGAAGGUGGCCGUGAAGCUCGCCGUGCUGGCACGCAACGGCCAGUUCUCGACGGACGAGCUGGCGACGGCGGAGCGCUUCAAGCGCAAGCUGAACCAGGCGACGCUCACGGCCGUCAGCUUCCACGAGGUGGAGUUCACCUUCGACCGCGACGUCCUGGCGCGCACGCUCGAAGAUUGCCGCGAGAUGCUGCACCGCCUCAUCGGCCACCACCUCACGGAGAAGUCGCACGCACGCGUCGACAACGUCUUUCGCAGCUUCGGGGACGGCGAGUUCCUGGCGGCGCUCUACGGCACCGAGCCGGCCUUCCAGCAGCACCUCGCCAAAAUAUGCCAGGGCCUCAACAAGCUGAUGGAGGACGGAAACAUUUAGUCGCCGGGCGCCAGCCAGGGGACCGGUUGUGCCGGCGAUGCGAUUCGAAGCCCUGAUGCAGGGAGCGCGAGCAGAAGAAAAAAAAAUGUUGUUGUUGAGAGAAAGAAAAACGCCGUUCGCGAAAAGCAUUUUUAAAUGUAAAUUGAACUUUGGCGGUUGUGGUCGUUGUGACUCUCCCGGUUAAACAAAAACACGCAUUUUUGUGGAAUUUGCACUCCUGGAAGGGUUCAGGCCUCGUUUCGGGGGGAGUGGGAGCGUUGGGUACUUGAUGAAAGUUGGGCACGCGGGGUUUGGUCAAACCCAAAUGUUGUGAGUAACCUCAUUCCAAAGCCAUUUUUGUAUCGUACGAGUCGUGUUCAAGUGACUUUGGGAUCACGUGCUGUCGUGGUUUGCAUGACACACAGGCUCACAGUGCGAACAGUCAUUUCAGGGGGGGGGGGGGGUCUGUCAGCACCAGGGGGCCUGGGAUUUGUCACCUUUAUAAAAUUCCUGGGAUUCCACCGAGGAGCCCACGGGCCUGACCCCUUCAGUCUGACAGAGACAAACAGAACAGACGGGAAUCUAUGCUCGCCCAACGACUUUUUGCUCGGAAACUAUUGCGGUACAAUCUGUCUUCGACAAGACCCUUCCCCUAGCUGAGAGCGCCCUCCCGCGGAGAGAUCCUGCACAGCCGCAUUUUGCACGCUUGUCGAGUCUGAAGGGAGGCUCUGUGUUGGUUUUUUUUAUUAUACGAGAGCCGUUGACUUUCUUAAGUUGUUUAUUUUUCGGAGCUGUGUCCCGACCAGGGAGCCAGAUGCAAUUCGGAAGCGUCGCACGCCCCACCAAGUGUCGGGGGUACAGGAGCUCAGGUGUGCACACGCUUGUACAUAUCUCUACGGGGCAAAGCAUCCCGUCGCCCGCCGUGAGUUCGGCUGCUGAAACGUCCGUGGUACAGUUUAACGGGGAAAAAAAACGCGUAACAAAAAUACAACUCCUGUUACAGACAUUUAUAGACUCUUGGCAGCACAGGCAGACCGCUGAGGAAUUCCUGCAUUCAUUGGUCCAUUCCAUGACGUGCCCAGGCAUAUCCCUCGCAAGGACUUUUUAUGAGCGCAGUGCAAACUUGUACCUCGCACGGAGACGCCACCCUGGUGUUGCGGGGUCACACGUCGGUGUUUCGCCAGAUGUGCGUGCCUCCUCUUCUAACCCUUCUUUGUGCGUCCCCUUCAUCCCCUUUUCCACUGGCACAUCUGUGCCGAUCCAGCGCCGGGUCCCCCACGGUACGGGCGAUUUCCCCACUGGCGAUGGGCCCGGCCGAGCCGGAACCAAACCGUGACACGCCUGCCGCACAAGCUGCCAGCGUCCUGGUCAAUCAAAUUCGUUGUUGCGUGUAAAGUCAGUGGGUACAUUAUUCCAUCGCUAUUCGCGAGGAAUAAGUUCCGGAGAUGCUCGUGAAUAGAACAUUUCUCGGAUAAUGAUACUGGCCUACGAAUGUCGUACGUGCAACGUCUGCAGAUGCUUCUGAAGCUUCGAGAAGUUAUCUCUGUCUUUCUCAGCUCUUUAUCGCAUUGUUUUCUCAAUCAUCACUUUAUCUCAUCACAUUCUCUGUCAUCACAUCCUCUCUCACCACUUUCUCUCUCAAUGCAGUAGUCGUGCGAUUCGUGGAUAGCCAAAAUCACAGAUAGCCAAGUUCGUGAAUAACGAGGGAAUUUCAUACACCGUAAGCGUGCACAAUGUCACCGUGUCAUCUAGAUGUGACUCGACUCCUUAAACUGCAUGCAACGUCGGCAGCACAGCAGCACGAUUGUCCAGUGGAGAGAGGUCGACGUGGCCAGGUGUGGGUGAACACAAGUUCUUGGGAGCGGACGGGGGGGGGGGGUGCGGGGUAGCAAAGCCGCCUGGGGUAUUUUAACGAGCGGAGGAUGCGGCCACUACGCUCGUCUGCUCUUUACAUCUUCAUCUCGCAUAAUCGGCGGAUCGCUCACAUCGUCGUCUCACAUCGUGGGCGUGCACGGGAGUGAGUUUUUUUUUUUAUAUGGGAGGCGGGGGGGGGGGUCACAGAGGGAUGCCGUGCACGGCUUCGCGAGCGCGCACGAACAUUUUGCUAGCGGAAUCUGCGCGCCAGAACUACGCGGAUAUGGUGAUGAUAAUGAUGAUCGAUUCCUCUCCCUGACGAUUCUCUCUCGCCGACGAUUAGUGUCGGCUUGCGGAUUUAAGUUUCCGGAGGCAGCUAGAACAACCAUGGGUUUUCCAGAUCGUCGCGACUACGUGUGCGUAAGAUUUCAAUGACCGAGGGUCUUUGAGACUCCAGAGCUCCCGCUAAUGGAGGCCCUUCCGUCCAGCAGUGGUGUAAGCAAGGAAUUGCAGGGCUGCACCUUUGCCUUGUCCAUACAUCAACUACGUUCUUUAUCCCUUUGAACCAGUCAUACCAAUUGCACAUGUUGACCAUCUGGGAAUGGAGUCAAGUUUUAGGAUUCUCGUUUUGUCGGUACGGGACGUUUAUGGAACGUUUCAAUUUGUUUGGGGUAUGUCGUAUUUGCCUUUUUCCCGCUCUCUAGUCACCCCCUUUCCCUUUCUGCCAAGUGGCGCAUUCCGUAUCAGUGAAGUUCGGCGGUCGGUGGUCGUGCGUGUCAGAAUGCAAAUCCGUGUUGCUCCGAUCCGGCACGAAUUUCACAUCCACCAUGAGUGAGCUUUUGAAAAGAUAUUGGAUGGUGUGGAAAUCCGGAACGGAGUAAACGGGUGUGGCAGACUGGACUUAGACCUCUGCCCGCUGGCCAAAGGGUCAGACAAGAGUCCAUGCCUUUUCAUUAACAAUAAAUAAAUGUUUUUACUGAUUGAUUAAAUUAAUUCGACCGUACAACUCUGUAUAGGCAUUCGCGGUUGUGUGGUGCGGUUUUCCGAUGUUUACGGUUUGUACCGCGCGGCGUUCGGCACGAUGUCUGACGUUUUAUACCACGCGCUGGGAGCUUCUUCAGGAACAUAGUGGUACAAACCCGGAAACGAAUCAAAAUACGUAAUAUAUACAACCCUGUUUUGAAACGAAUAAAAAUACAACUUUGAUAUUUAGGCUUUUUUUAACCCCAGUCAAAAUGAAGACAUGACAUGGAAUAUUUUAUUUCAACAAUUAAAAACUCAUUGAUUGGCCGAUAACACCUUUCAAUGUAUAGAAGUCCUCAGAGCUUGCAAUUGUUGGAAGCACCAGCUCCUUACCGCCUGACUGUUGCUACCUUCCCCACUCAUCUGUGGUUCCUCCUCCUGCCGGCGCCUCCGAGUCGUCCCGUCUCUCUCUACGAGAGCGAGGAAGCGAACAUCGUGCGGUGGCGGUGGCGUUACAAGUUGACAUUAUUUAUAAAUGCAUUCAGGGCACAGUUAACGAGGUGGAUGCGUGUUUUUAUUAUUAUUUGCGUAAGUGGAAUCUUUUAUCCUGCUUCCAAGUGAAACCUGCCCCAGUUAAGGUUGUGCCCGCUCUAGACGGCGCUCCGAUUGAUUAAACAACAACGAGAGACGGAAUGGGAGCGGUGGAGCGUGGCGCUGCACGGCGUUGGUGGUGGUGGUGGCACCCCCAGGGGCCCCGCUGGUUGCGACGGGACGUGCUGCACUUCACCAAAAAAAAGGAAACGAUGUAUAAUUUGGUUGUUCAUAUUCUUCGUGGGGGGUUUUUUAUGUCUUAAUUUGAGAAUUGUUAUAAUGAUGUUGACAAUAAAGUACAGUCGGUGUAAACGUUGUUAUGUGUGCGAGAGACGUAGAGAAUUCUGGUUUUGUUAAUUAGAUUUUUCUCCCUCUU